AUGGACCGUGAAGAGUUCCGAGCAGCGGCUCACUCGGCGAUUGACGAUAUCAUUGGAUAUUUCGAUAGCGUCCCCGACCGGAGAGUCCUCCCGGCUCUUGACCCCGGAUACUUGCGCCCUCUCAUCCCCACCAACCCUCCAACCGAACCAGAAUCCUGGGACCAAAUUCAACAGGAUGUGGACACAAAAAUCAAACCCGGGUUGACCCAUUGGCAGUCGCCAAACUUCAUGGCCUACUACCCGGCCUGUGUGACAUACCCGAGUAUCCUGGGAGAGAUGUAUUCGGCCGCGUUCACCGCGCCGGCAUUCAACUGGCUCUGCUCACCGGCCUGUACGGAGCUGGAAACCAUCGUGAUGGAUUGGGUGGCAAAGGCACUAGGACUCCCGGAGUGCUUCUUGAGCACCUCGGAGAACCUGGGUGGAGGCGUCAUUCAGAACAGUGCAAGCGAUGCCAUUGCGACCAUCAUCGUUGCGGCACGAGAGCGACGAGUCCGCGAGAUGGUGCUGGCUGAAGGUCUCAAGGAAGGAACCACCGAAUAUGACGAGCGCAAGAUGGAUCUCCAACCACGCUUGGUGGCGAUUGCCAGUGAUCAGACACACAGCAGCGCAGCCAAGGGCGCGUUGAUUGCGGGUACCCGUUUCCGCAGUGUGCCCACUCGAUUGGAAGAGAACAUGGAGAUGACAGCGGCGCGUCUGCGAGAAGUAUUGGAGAAGUGUGAUAAGGAUGGAUUGACUCCGUACCAGCUCACCAUGACUUUUGGUACAACCAACACCUGCAGUGUCGAUCGCUUUGCCGAGAUCAAGGCCGUGCUCCAGGAGAAGCCUGCAUGGCAGCGCAUCUGGGUGCAUGUUGAUGCGGCUUAUGCGGGUGCUUCUCUUGUCGCGGAUGAGUGGCAGUAUAUCGCCAAGGAUUUUGCUGAGGGUGUGGACAGUUUCAACAUGAAUAUGCACAAGUGGUUGCUGGUCAACUUUGAUGCAAGCGUCAUGUUCGUCCGGAAUCGUCUUGACCUAACAAAUGCCCUCGACAUCACCCCUACCUACCUUCGCAACCCAUAUUCCGAUAUGGGCACUGUGAUUGACUACCGCAACUGGUCCAUCUCUCUGGGUCGCCGAUUCCGCGCCCUGAAGAUCUGGUUCGUGAUUCGCAGCUACGGCUUAAAUGGCAUGAAAGCGCACAUUCGCAAAACUAUUGGCUUGGGGAACACCUUCGCUGAUCUGGUCCGCGGUCGGUCUGAUCUUUUCGAGAUCGUCACCAAGCCAGUCUUUGGUCUCACCGUAUUCCGUAUCAAAGGCCCAGCCUCAAGCGAGACCAAUGGCGCGAUAUUCAAGGACGAGGCAGCAGAUGCGAUCACCAAGAAAGUCUAUGAAUUGAUCAACUCGCGAGGCGAGAUCUUCAUCACCUCAACUGUGGUUGAUGGUGUUUAUGUGAUUCGUGUGGUGAGUGCCAACCCGAUGGCCGAGGAAAAAUAUAUCCGUAACGCGUUUGAUAUCAUUGUUCGCACAACCGAGGAGGUUUCGCAACAAAAAUAA